ACCCAGCAAUUCCCUACCAAUUUACACCUAUCAACUUCUAUCACAAAACACUAAAAUGUCCUUCCUCGCACCCACCGUCCGCGCAUCCCUCCGCGCCCUCCGCCCCCAGCAAGGCUACGCCGUCCUCUCCUCCCCGCUGCACACAACCGCCGCUCGACCGGGCCUGAAAGAAUCAGAUCACAACCGCGAAAACCUCGACGUCCACUACGAAGAAGAGAAGGAGGAGGGCCUCCAGCGCAAGAGAGAAGGACGGGGGCAGUGGAAGGGUGAGCUGGCUAGUAACAGUGAGGCGUCGAUCAAAGCAGACCGGGGCGAUCUCGACUCAGAAGACAUCACGACGUUGCAGGAGAAGACGAAGAAGGAGCUGCAUAGUACCAAGAAGCAGAAGUAAAAUUGAUUGUUAAUGUUUAAUUAAUUUUUUUCGCUUUCUG